UGCUACUAGUGUCAGGAUCAUUAUCGUCCAGGUGAUGAAUGGCAAAGUGAUUAUCCUUUAGCUUACUGACGGUUUCGGCAGCUGCUGUCGGAUAAGUUAACAAAAAAAAAAGAAAGAAAAAUAUUAGACUUUUAAUGGGUGUGUCUUAACCUUUUUCAUUAUUACCAUCCUCUUCCUUGACAAACGGAGACUAAACGAAAAGGACGCAUCUCCUCGACGAGCUUUUUCUGAAAUAUAUGGCCGAGUCACAGAAAUCAGUAUUUUAUCACGCGGUGGCAAAGCACAACACGGCAAUACUGGACUUCUGACUGACUGAUUCACCGUUUUCCUUUAUGGAUUUCUGCAGUAGCUUAAAUUAUAUUUUCUAAAAGGAGAUGCUGAUACUUUAAUGUGAUUUUUCCUUAAGAUUAUGUUUGUAACUCAAAAGCAUCUCUCUGCAACUUAGCAAUGGGACGCAACUCGGCUGCUGUAAUUCUCCUUUCUAUAAUUAACGGGAUCUGCGCAUUUCGUCCUGGAAGAAACCUUCAGCCCGACAUGCCCAAUGUGUGCGCUGCCCGACAGCUGACGCUGGUGGCACAGACACAGCCUUGCGUCCAAGCCUUCGUGCGCAUGGUCAGGGUGCAGCAUCAGGGCUGCGCGGGACAGGCGUGGUGUGUCGGCUACAAGAGGAGGAUGGCUUACUACACAGCUUACAAGCAGGUCUAUAGACAAGACUACCAGACCGUCUACAGGUGCUGCUCUGGGUGGUCACAGCUCAACGAAGAGCCAGGUUGUCUGUAUCCGGUCUGCAGUGGUGGUGUGUGUUUUAAUGGUGGACUGUGCCGGGAGGCCCCCCCCCAGCCCUGCGAAUGCCCCCCAGGGUUUGACGGGCCUCGCUGCCAGUAUGAUGUUAAUGAAUGCGAGGAGGCCAGCGGUGGCUGCGAGGCCCAGUGUUGCAACACCAUCGGCAGCUUCUACUGCAAGUGCCCCGCCGGUCAGCGACUGAAGGGAGAUGGCAAGACCUGCCAAGACGUGGACGAGUGUCAGGUCCACAACGGUGGCUGCCAGCACAGAUGCGUGAACACGGAUGGGUCUUACUACUGCGAGUGCCACCCAGGAACCCGCCUGCACACAGACGCACGCACCUGUAUCGCUGUUCACUCUUGUGCCAUCAGCAACGGGGGGUGCGAGCAUGACUGCAUGCAGCUGGCUCCCUCCCACUUCCAGUGCCGCUGCAGACACGGCUACCAGCUGGCUGAAGACGGCAAGCACUGCCGAUUGAGGAACCCCUGCGCAAGAAACAAUGGAGGCUGCGCUCACAAAUGCCAUAGCGAUAGAGGGCGUGUGCGCUGCGAGUGUCACCCUGGGUACAGGCUAGCAGAAGAUGGCAAGAGCUGUGAAGACAUUGAUGAGUGUCACACAGGCCAGGCGACGUGCAGCCAUGGCUGUCGCAACACGCCAGGCUCCUUCGUCUGCGUGUGCAACCUGGGGUACGAGCUCGGGGCCGACGGCAAGCAGUGCUACCGCAUAGAGAUGGAGAUCGUCAACAGCUGUGAGUCGGGGAACGGUGGCUGUUCUCACCGCUGCCAGCACUCCACCAGCGGACCUGUCUGCAGCUGUAACCAUGGCUACCAGUUAGACGAUGACUUCAAGACCUGCGUGGACCUGGAUGAGUGUGUAGAGAGCAGCUGCUGUAGCCAGGACUGUACCAACUACCCAGGGGGGUAUGAGUGCCACUGUGAAGCUGGAUACCGUCUCAACUCUGACGGCUGUGGCUGCGAUGAUGUGGAUGAGUGUCUCUCUGACAACGGGGGCUGUGAGCACACUUGCCAGAACACUGCCGGGUCGUACCUGUGUUACUGUAGCCUAGGACACCGCCUGCAUGAGGACCAGCACAGCUGCAUCUCUCUUGGCGGCCCUGUGGAGGCACUGACGCAGCGGGUGGCAGUGGAGAAGCCUCCACCGCGAUUCACGCUGCUUCGUGACUACGGCUGGCUACCGGACCCGGAACCGGAGCGGCUUGACGAUUACGAGGAGGGCCUGGGGGAGCUGCGGGCUGAGAAUGCGCUCUCCGAGAUGAUCGUGUGUCUGAAUCACAGCUUCGGCCAUGACUGCAGCCUGACGUGCGAGGACUGCACUAGCGGGGCGACAUGCAGCCCAGAGGGUGACAGCUGCGACUGUCCCGAGGGCUGGACAGGGGUCAUCUGUAACCAGACCUGCCCCGAGGGCACUUUUGGGAGGAACUGCUCCUUCUUCUGUAAGUGCAGGAAUGGUGCCACGUGCGACCCGGUGACAGGGUCAUGUCGCUGCCCCCCCGGGGUCACUGGGGACCUGUGUGAGAAUGGGUGCCCAAAGGGGCUCUAUGGGAAGUACUGCAAUAAGAAGUGCAACUGUGCCAACAACGGGCGCUGCCAUCGCACCUACGGGGCCUGCCUUUGUGGCCCAGGGCUGUACGGCAGAUUCUGUCACUUGCCUUGCCCCAAAUGGACUUUCGGGCCGGGCUGUUCCGAGGAGUGCAAGUGUGUCCAGCAAAACACGCUGGAUUGCAACCGUCGCCAUGGCACCUGCGAGUGCAAACCAGGCUACCACGGCAAGACAUGCAAAGAUGAGUGCAGUGCUGGUUUCUAUGGCGACAGCUGCAAGCGGCGAUGCGAGUGCCCAACCAGUGUGCCCUGUGAUCACGUGACCGGCGACUGUCAGCCCCAGUGCCCUGCGGGCCUGCGGGGUGUUCACUGUGACCAGGUCUGUGCCAUGGGGACUUAUGGGAGAGGGUGUACCCAGUCCUGCGAGUGUUCUGGGGCUGCGUGCGACGCUGUGACUGGGCAGUGCCACUGUCCUGCCGGGAGGGAAGGAGAUCAGUGUGAGAAAGAAUGUGAGGAGGGACGCUGGGGGCCUGGCUGCCGGGAGCUCUGCCUGGCAUGCGAAAACCAGGCCCUUUGUGACAAACACAAUGGCACCUGCCAGUGUCUACCGGGCUACAUGGGCACCCUGUGCCAGAAUGUUUGCCCAGAAGGGCGUUUUGGCCACGGCUGCCAGCUGCGCUGCGUUUGCCACAACGGAGGCCGAUGCCACCACGUCAGCGGGCGCUGUGCGUGCGGCCCAGGCUGGAGCGGCUCGGACUGCAGGAGAGCCUGUGACUCCGGGCGCUGGGGGACGGACUGCGCCAACCGCUGUGAUUGCAGGACGGGCGACGGCAGCUGCGACGCAGUGACCGGGCAGUGUAGCUGCGAGGCCGGGUUCACUGGGCCCCGCUGUGAUCAGAAAUGUCCCGUGGGCUCGUUCGGAGCGGGCUGCCUUCAGCGCUGCCAGUGUGAGAACGGGGCGUCCUGUGACCCCGUGAGCGGGGCCUGUGCGUGUCUGGGAGGCUGGACCGGCACCUACUGCGAAAAACCCUGCCCUGAGGGAUUCUAUGGGCUCGACUGCCAGCAAAAAUGCGACUGCUUGAACGGCGGCGGCUGCGAUCACGUGACAGGAAUGUGCCGCUGCCCUGCCGGCUGGGUGGGCCUGCGCUGUGGCAUCUCAUGCCCACCUGGUUUCUAUGGCGAUGGCUGUAUCCUACCCUGUAGUUGCCAUAACAAUGCCAGCUGUGAGCCAGUGGCCGGGGAGUGCCAGUGUACAGCCGGCUGGAUGGGGCCACAGUGCCAGCAAGAAUGCCCAGUUGGUUUCUAUGGGCCAGGCUGCCACCAGCACUGCUUGUGCCAGAACAAGGCAGCGUGUGAUCGGGUAAGCGGUCGCUGCUCGUGCCCCGACGGAUGGACUGGCAUGGCCUGUGAACUGGAGUGUAACGAGGGUCUUUUCGGGGCAGACUGCCAAAACAAAUGUGAGUGCGAGAACGGGGGUCACUGCGACCACAGGAGUGGCCGCUGUUCCUGCCGGCCGGGCUGGCUUGGAGAACGCUGUCAGAGGGCAUGCUCCCCUGGCUUGUUUGGGGCGGACUGCAGGCAGCCGUGUAAGUGUGAGCACAAUGCUUCCUGUCACCACAUCACUGGGGCCUGCCUUUGUCCCCCAGGCUGGCGGGGGCCACUGUGUGAGAGAGCAUGCUUGCCCGGGACAUAUGGGGAGAACUGUAAGGGGCGCUGCUCCUGUCCCCCGGGGACUUCCUGCCACCACGUGUCCGGGGAGUGUGGCUGCCCCCCUGGUUUCACUGGGAACGGCUGUGAACAGGCGUGUCUCCCUGGUACGUAUGGCUUGAACUGUAACCAGGUGUGCCAGUGCUCUGAGGCCAACCAGCUGUGCCACCCUGUCACUGGGCUCUGCUACUGUGCUCCCGGUUACCACGGCAAGCGCUGUAACCAAGGAUGCAGGCCGGGGACAUACGGGCCGAACUGCGAGCACCGGUGCCAGUGCCUGAACCAGGGAACCUGUGGGCCCAGAACAGGCACCUGCAUCUGCCUCCCGGGGUACAUCGGCGCCGACUGCAGCAUCGGCUGCCCCGCAGGACGCUACGGCCCCGACUGUGCCCUGGUGGCGCUGUGCGGCGAUGGGGCGAGUAGCGACCCGGUUACGGGCCGGUGUGUGUGCUCCGCGGGCCGGACAGGUGUGGGAUGUGAACAAGAGUGCACACAGGGCCGGUUUGGGGAGGGCUGCGCACAGGUCUGUCGCUGCAGGAAUGGAGGGAAGUGUGACCCUGCUUCCGGGGCCUGUACCUGCGGCUUGGGCUGGACGGGACACACCUGUGAGACAGAAUGCCCCCCAGGCCGAUACGGUGCCGGCUGCCAGCAGCUUUGCGAGUGCCAGAACGGCGGGAUGUGUGACAGAGCGAGCGGCGCCUGCCAGUGCCCGCUGGGUUACUACGGCAACCUCUGCGAGCACGCAUGUCCCUCAGGAUUCCACGGUCCACGCUGCCAGCGGGCCUGUGACUGCCGAAACGGCGCCCCCUGUCACCCAAGCACUGGCAAGUGCAUCUGCCCUGCUGGGUACCAAGGUCCUCGGUGCGACAGGGUGUGUCAGCAGGGCCGGUUUGGAGAGGACUGUACCCACAAGUGCGACUGCGCUGAGUCUGCCCCCUGUGACCCCGUAAACGGCAGCUGCCUGUGCCCCCCUGGCAGGACGGGGGCCAGGUGUGACCUGGAGUGCACGGCGAACCACUACGGGCCUGACUGUGCACAGAUCUGCGAGUGUGCAAAUGGGGCGCAGUGCAAUCCCCGCAAUGGCCACUGCACCUGUCUGCAUGGCUGGAUAGGACUCACCUGUACGGAAGGCGGACGUCCCCAGCCACCCCCCCAGCCCCAUAACAGCACAGGAGGGAUUCAGUCAUACCAACAGCCACCUGUAUAGCGCCCCCUGUUGACCAGAUGGAGCUAGGAACUGCAGAGCAAGGAACAGAGGAACACUGCUAGGAAAGAGGCAGCUGGGAUUUAACUCUGCCAAUGUGAGGCACUGCUGAAGCUGAGCAGCGGUGGAGGAAGAGGGCUGGGUCUCCUAAAGAGGUUACCUCUGCACAGCCCUCUCCUUUAUUUGAACCUCGUCAUCUAACGGACCACAUCUGCCCGUGCUGUGGACCCAGAACAGAUGGGAUUAGCAGUGACUCUGCUGCAAUGGUGCCCCUUUAAUGAACAUCAUAAGAAACAGGAAGGACAAAGAAAACACACAUCUGUACAGAGUAUAUUCCGCAUAUUUCUGUCAUUUAAGGAAGGGUUUAAUACGACUUUUACAUAACGGUCAUUUGUAAUUUAUUAAUCAAUGUAAAAAAUAAAAUAAAAUAGCAAACUCUGUCAAAGGAAACACUUGAAAACAGCGUCGGAAACAUGCAAGACUUAAAACUCGCAGACGCCGAUACGGGACGAUGGCUGUACAUCUGCAGUUUUGCUCCAGUUGCUCACCACAGAAAGUUCAUUACCAUCCCACACAAGUAAGAUACUUUCAUCAUGCUUGAUUGCAGGUAUAAUCUAGUAUGUUUACAUCAUAAUUAUUACAUGUUUGUGUAUUAAUAUGUUUGUGUAUGUUCAUGGUUGUUUUCAUUUACAUCAGUUAUAUGUCAGCUCAUAUAUAUAUAUAUAUAUAUAUAUAUAUAUAUAUAUAUAUAUAUAUAUAUAUAUAUAUAUAUAUAUAUAUAUAUAUAUACAUGUAUGCAUAUGUAAUUAUAUGUGGAUUGAAAUGUUUUAUAUUUUUCUAGCAGCCAAUUUUUGAUAUUAGUGUAUAACUGCAUCCCUGAUUUGCACAGGUUUUUUAAACUUCGGAAGAUGUCAGGUUGAGUUGCAGUUUCACAGUUUGUUUCAUUUCAUUUUGCUAAAUGAAAUAUACGUGUCUGGGUCACGUGCAUUUAUGCAACGUCAUGGUGCAUAUCUGAUGUGAACUCAAAGUGCAGCUCAGUGCGACAGGAGCAACGAAGAUGAAACACAUGAAUACACAGAAUCGACCAAUGAAGUUUCGAGUCAUGCGGGCAGCCAAUGACGAAGAACCCUGUCUGUCCAGUACAAAGACAUCUGUUAACUCUGUAGGUGUCCCUACAACUGCUUUUGUGUUUGGGGCUUUAGCUCAGCAAAUACAACUUGGAACAUUAUAGGUUAAUUGAACACCCUAUCCGAAGCAAAGAUUGAGAUUUGAACCAAUAAGCUUCAGGCUAUAAAGCCUGGACAUAGAGAGCUGAAGAGAACUGUCCACGUGCCUCGAAUACACAGGGGACUUCCACACAUACAUAUGUCUGUUCUCAGCACAAAGCCUAGAGUGUGUGAGUGUGUGUGUGUGUGUGUGUGCGCAUGCGUGUGUGUGUGUGUGUGCGCAUGCAUGUGUGUGUGUGUGCGCAUGCGUGUGUGUGUGUGUGUGCGCAUGUGUGUGUGUGUGUGUGCGCAUGCGUGUGUGUGCGCAUGCGUGUGUGUGUGUGCGUAUGCGUGUGUGUGUGUGCGCAUGCGUGUGUGUGUGUGUGUGUGCAUGCGUGUGUGUUGAGUCCCUGCUGGAUGAGCUGCUUCCUCCACGGCGCCUUCAGAAACAGAGUAUCAUGUCAUUCUAUGUAGCUGUACUCUUAUAUUUUGUUGAAGGAAUGUUCUUUAUCCUGCAUUUUCAUUUUUUGUAACUUUUUUUUUAUGUAGUUUCAAGUAUGAUAAAUGGUAACACACAAAGGUUGUGAUUAUUUUAUUGAGUGAUAAAGGAAUAUUGGAUAAA